AUGGCCUGCGCCGCAGCUAAUAUUGCAGAUUUCAUAAAAAGAUUAUACAGAAUGUUGGAAGAUAAAUCCCACGCUCACAUUGUUUCUUGGGGAGUGACAGGAGACACAUUUGUUGUUCAUGAUCAAACGGAAUUUUCAAAGAGUGUUUUACCGCAACAUUUUAAACAUAAUAAUAUGGCUAGUUUUGUCAGACAAUUAAACAAAUAUGAUUUUCAUAAAAUAAAAAGUAAUGAUGAUGAUGCGAGACCAUACAGCGAACAGGCUUGGGAAUUUCAACAUCCGAAAUUUCAGUUGAAUCGAAAGGAUCUACUUGAAGAGAUAAAGAGGAAAAUCCCAACUCCACGUAACAAAAGGCAAAAUGGGACGUCUAUAAGAAGUGAAGAUAAACAGCCUCACUCGCAUCAUUCCAAUAAUCAUUCGAUUUCUCAGUCAUCACCUUCACCACCAUCUACACCAUAUGAUCUACAAUCUCAAGUAGAAAAUUUGACGGAAUUACAUGCCAAUUUAUCUGGUCACGUUAGCAACCUAUCAAGAAAUUGUGGCACGAUUCUUGAAGAAAUCAUAAGCUUUAAAAGAAAUCUUGCUGAGCAAGAUGCUUUAUUUAACCGAGCGUUACGACCAAUCACAGAUAAUGGUCCGAAUGACCAUCCGCCUACUAGUAGGAGAUAUUCAUCAAUCUCAUCGAAUUCACCCGUCAAUCCAACAUCAACAAAUGAAUAUCAUGAUUCAAGGGAGUUACAUUCGUCCUUUAUAUCACAAGAAAACUUGAUUUUAAAUUCAUUAAUACGAGCAAAUUCAUCUACCUCAAUGACCGCGACACCGACAAUAACGGACGAUACUUCAGAUGAAUCAUUCAAUGAAAUGAGUGGACUUUCACAUCAAUUCACAUCAAUGGGAGCCUAUUCUGCUGCUCAACAAAUCAAUUUUAAUUUAAACCCAUUCUCAACACCAAACCCUUCGCCUCCUCCUAUACCUACCACCACAAAUCAUCGAAUGUUUAGUGAUAGAACUGUACCUACUUGGUCCAUACAACCAAAAGUUUUGUUCGUUGAUGAGGAAUCAUCUGUUUUGGAAAGUGGUAGACAAUGGCUACAAACGUACGGUUGCCAAUGUGAUACGGCUUCUGAUGGUUUGACCGUCAUUAGCAAAAUGCAAUUACAGCCAUAUGAUAUAAUUUUCAUGAAUGUUGUGAUGCCAAAUGGAAUGAACGGAUUAAGCCUAGCACAACAAAUCCGACGGUUUAAUCAUACAACACCAAUAAUAGGGAUGAUUUCAAAUGAUCAAUCAAUUAGUUCAGCAUCGGAUUAUUUGAAUUAUGGCAUGAAUGAUCUAUUACCGAAACCAUUCACGAGGCCAGGAAUUUAUGCUAAAAUAGACAAAUAUUGUAAUCAAAUGAAAGCCAACGAUUUGUUGAUAUCUUCAUCACAAAAUGACGGUGGUGACUCUAGUCAAAGCGGGACCGUUACAACUUCUGUUAGCACCAUAAACUUCUUAUCCGCUUCUCCUAUGGAUUUAUAUCACCAUCAUCGGUUUAGUAAUGGUGAUAUCGAUGAUUUAAUAAGUAAAGAAAAUAGAAGAAAGAGAGCAAAAUUUUCGUAA